GGCACAAACGCCGCGGCGCGCACACGCGUUGCACCACGCAGGGUCGUCGGCAUCACGCUCUGGUACGCGUUCAACGUGGGCUACAACGUCUACAACAAGAAGCUCUCGAAUGCGCUGGAUUACCCCAUGUUGAUCGCGCUCACGUCGCUGGGUGUGGGCAUUCUUUACUUUGCGCCGCUCUGGGCGCUGGGCUUGCGGAAAGCGCCCAAGCUCACGCCCGAAGAUAUCAAGGCAUGCACGGUCCUGUCGAUGUUACAUACGGUGGGCCACGUGGGCGCCGUCGUGGCCAUGUCCGCCGGGGCCGUGUCGUUCACGCACAUCAUCAAGGCCUUGGAGCCCAUGUUCUCGGUCAUUUUCGGCAUCCUGAUCAACGGCACGAGCGACCCGCUCAAGGUGAACAUCUGGCUCGUACCCAUCAUCCUGGGCGUCGGGUGGUCGGCCGUCGGGUCCAAAAUUAUGGCGGGGCAGGACAUCUUGGCGGACAUCAACAUGACGGCCUUCGGCGGCGCCAUGACGUCGAACGUCGCGUUCGCUCUGCGCGGCUUGCUCUCCAAAAAGGUCAAGGCCGAGUCCAAGUCCGAGAACCUCUCUUCGUCGAACUUGUAUUCUAUUCUCACCUUGAUCUCGUUCUUCCUCUUCUUACCGUUUGCUUUAGUGUUGGAAGGGAAUAAAUUAAGUGCAGCGUGGCCGCCCGUCGAGAACCUCGAGGAGAUCCCCGAGAAGAUUCUGGGCAUUCCCGUCUUUUCGUCGACGUCCCUGAACUACGGUUAUGAAUUGGUCAUCUACACGGGCUUCUUCUACUACAUGUACAACGAGAUGGCCUACCUCGUGCUGGGCGAGGUCACGGCGACGGCGCAGGCCGUGGCGAACACGGUGAAGCGCGUCGUGAUUCUCCUCGCGACCGUCGCGUUCCUCGGCGAGUCCAUGGACGUGCACAAGGCCUCGGGGGCCGCCGUGGCGAUCGGCGCGACGAUGAUGUAUUCGAUUGCCAAGACCAAGAAGUAG